AUGUCAGACCCUUACGGAUAUCAAAACCAGGGCCAGUAUGGCUACCAACCCCCGCAGCAAGGUUAUGGAGGUUACCAGCAGGGUCCUCCCCCGCCUCAGUACGGCGACAACCAGCAACACCAUUAUGGCGGCAACCAGUACGGUGAUAACCAGUACAACCAACAAUACGGCGCUCCAGCCCACGGUGGAUUCCAGCACGGUCAAUAUGGUGGACCCGAAUAUGGCGGACCUGCCCCGCCACAACAGCAAGCAUAUGGUCAAUACCCACCUAACGAUCCAUCUCACCAGUUCCCUCAACAAGGAGCUUACAACCAGAACCCCCCACCUCAAGACCCCAACAACCCUUACGCCCAUCAGCAAAACCAGUAUGGCCCCACCGAUCCUGCUGCAGGCCAAGAGGGCGAUCGUGGUCUUAUGGGAGCAGUAGCCGGUGGACUCGGCGGCGGUGUGCUUGGACACAAGGCUGGCCAUGGCAUCAUCGGAACACUUGCCGGCGCUUUCCUGGGCUCGAAGGCAGAAGACAAGUUUAAAGAACACCGCCAGGAGUCGCAGUACCAGCAGCAGUACGGUGGCCCACCUCAGGGCCAACACCAUGGCCAUCACCACCACCACCACGAACAGAAGUGGUAG